AAAAAGGAAGGCAGUUCGCGUUCUUGGCAACUACAAAACAUUAUUUUAGACAUACUAAUAGCAGGACAUGUGAAGUAUUAUAAGAUUAUUCCAGUGGGACCUUACUUAUGUAGUGUUUUUAAGUCGUCUGACGUUUUGCAAAGAAAAAACAUUAUUAAGCGGCCAGUGUUUCUUGCAGAUGAUAGUGAAUUAUGAAGACGGAGAAUCCAAUCACCCUGAGCAACAUGUCUGCUGACACUAGUCAGGAAGAAUCGGAUGGAGAACCACCACUGGGUCCAUUCACUACCAUCACUUCAACGGUCAAGUUCCGCAAUCUACGAAAACGACACCUCAAACGCAAUCCUCAGAUGAAGGCUUUUGAGAGGCGUUACACGGAGCUGGGGCCGGCAUUGAUUCCAGAACAGAAGCGUAUAGAUUAUGUGUUAAUCUACAAAAACAAGUACUCAAAUGACCCGAUGUACAUAGAUGACCCGGAUAAACAAGAGGCAGUGCGGCAGAAGGAGGAGAAGAGGGAGAGGUUCGAGGCAUCCCUGACAAAGGAAGGGUUCGACGUUCAGAAGGAAGUCAUCGGAGAAAAUGUUUUCGUGAAAUUACACUGUCCUUUCAAGCGAUUGUGUGCGGAGGCAGAAAUGGUUAAAAUGGAAAUGCCACUACAUGGGUGUGCCAAUUAUCCAGAGGAUCAGCAAAACUUCAUAAGUGAAUUUCUAGAGAAAUACUUUGAGACAGAUAAUGAAAUGGACUAUGUUAGUGCCCCAUUCAUGAUGGACAGGAUCAACUUGUAUGAGGGAUAUGAAGAUCCAACUCAUUUCUUCAGACCAGCCAUUCGUUCUAUGCUUGUGGAUCACAUACUAAUUAACAUUGAUAUCAGGACUAAGGACGAGAGAAAAGAUAAAGGAAGUGCAAAGAAAAGCAUAGAGGAUCGGAAAUCAAAGUGCUGUAGUUGUCUCCCCUGCUUUGGAACCAACGAGAAGGAUGAUGAAAACUCUGUCUCUAAAAUCAUUAUUGAUCAUGACGAGGCUCACCAAGAGAAAGUCUACAUUCCAGGAAAGAUUCACAGUUUGCCCUAUCUACUCAUGAAGGGUGUAUACACGGAUGCUUUCAUCCUCCACGAAGAGUCGGAGUGUAAGGAGGACCAGUCCAUCCUCAAAGACAAGUAUUUCUCAGAUGCCAACGUAGACUUGGAAGAAAACAAGGACAAGGAGUCCCUAGAAACGGACCCCCGUAAGGCCCUCCAGGACACGUGGACCGUCUUCUAUAAAUUCCAACCACUGUGGAAAAUCCGCAACUACUUUGGGGAGAUGAUAGCGCUAUACUUUGCGUGGGUGGGAGAGAUGACCACCAGUUUAUGGAUCCCAAUGCUGUUUGGAUUUGCGAUUUUCUUGUAUGGUCUAUAUCUUAGUGUAGAGGCAAAUGAAACAAAGUUUGAUGUCCCUGUUAAUGCCACAGCAGCAGAAAAGAUUAAGAUUGAGGUAGAGGCACUGUUAGAGACGAUCAGAAGCUCCUUUGAUAAUGAAGUCACUCCAUAUUUUGCCUUGAUCAUAUGCUUAUGGGGAACACUGUUCUUAGAGCGAUGGAAGAGAAAAAAUGCCAUGAUGGCAUAUGAAUGGGAUGUUGAUAAUUUUGAGCACAAUGAACCUGAUCGACCUCAAUUUUAUGGGUUAAAGGUCAAAAAAGACCCAGUGACCCAGGAACCAAACUGGUUUUAUCCAUUCAGAAAACAGAUACUAAAGUACAUGGUGUCCACUUCUACACUUUUGUUCAUGAUGUUUAUUGUGUUGAUAAGUGUGACAGGAGUCAUUGUUUAUCGUCUGUUGAUUACGGUGGACUACUGUCCGGGCAUGACAGCAGUAGAAUGCCUUAUCACUUCCUCCAUUAUAUCAGCAGUUCUCAACGCUGUCUCCAUCCUCAUCCUAGGAAAGAUAUAUGAAUUACUGGCCUUCAAACUGACAGAAUGGGAGAACCACCGGACCCAAACUCAGUAUGAUGAUGCCCUGAUCACCAAAAUGUUUGCUUUCCAGUUUGUCAACAGUUACGCCUCUUGUUUCUACAUUGCAUUCUUCCGGGGGCGUUUUUCAGUAUUUGGUUACACUGAUGAGUGCGUAGGUGACAAGGGAACAUGCAUGUCACAGCUCUCAUUCCAAGUCCUGAUUUUGAUGAUCAUCAGACCCUUCCCUAGAAUUGCCAAAGAUCUCAUCAUUCCACUUAUAAGAAAAUUUAUCAGGAUGCGUCCCAACUGGUGCUGUCGUAUCAACGCCUGUCCCUGCGACUGCUGCAAUAAGAUUAAUCGGAUCAACACCGAGGAAGCUAAGAAUAUAUUCGAAGCUAACAAAACAUUGCUUUCCAAUUAUUUAGAGAGGGAACGAUUAAAACCCACACUAGGUGACUUCACCUUGAACGAGUACACAGAAAAAGUAAUCCAAUAUGGAUUUUUGAUGCUUUUCGCUGCUUCUUUUCCACUGGCCCCUUUGAUGGCCAUACUUUUGAAUCUAAUAGAUAUCAGGAUUGAUGCUCGUCGAAUGUUGUGGAGCAAUAGACGUCCUGUUGCCUACAUCCGACAGGACAUAGGUAAAUGGUACGGCAUCCUUGACUUGGUUAACACUAUUGGAGUGAUCACCAAUGGCUUUUUGAUUGGAUUUACCUCAUCGUGGGCCUCUAAUUUCAACGACGCAGACAAGCUGUGGGUGGUGUUAGGAUUUGAGCAUAUCGUGUUUUCCAUGAAGUUUAUCAUAGCGUACCUUAUACCUGAUGUUCCUAGGGAUGUCCGGUUAGCUAUACGAAGGGAGAAAUACCAAGUUGCUAAAAUUUUGGAAGAAGCUAAAUACACUGAAGCCAUCAAUUACAGUGAAUUGAUUCCCAAACACAAGAAGAAAAGAAAGCACCGAUCGUCAAAUUACGAUACAUUUAUCCAGUUGGAUGACAAUAUUGGAAAACCACAAGAGGAAUUUACUGACACUGUAAUUCCGGAGGAAUCGGUGUUCAAAGAGACACACUCUGCCCCUGAAGAGAAGACGUCAGAAUUCAAUCGCCCAGCAUCGGCUGAGGAGUCUGAUCAGUGGUAUAUUGUUAAGAGAGAUAUAAGUACCCCACAAGUCUGCAGUGCGGGAACAGGAGGGAACGUGAGUGUUUCAGGAGUGGUUCCAAAGAUAAGAAAUGGGAAAGUGACAGCAGACUCCAAUGUCUAAGGCAGAAAUGAAUUGUAGUACAUAGAUUACAAAAUGCUGUUCGCUCCACACUGGACACAAGAAGUAUACUAUACAAACUGACAGCAGAAUGCAGAAUAUGGAAUCCACUCUCUCAGCACCAAGGCUCAUGAACUCGUGACCAGAAGAUUUCUUCCAAUAUUGAUAAAGGUUGAAAAGGUUUGGUCACACGAUAUUUCUCGUUCAUUUUCAAUGACCACCAUUGUCUUGUAGGCAUUAUUGUAUAUAUAUGUAUGCAUAUACUCUCUCUGUUUUGUGUCAAAGAUGAUGUACAUGAUAUUAGGUAUAUAUUAAUGCAUUCUAAAGUGCUAGAGUAUCUAUUUUUAGGUUUUCUGAGGUGCAAAUUGUGGUAAUAUUUAUAGCAUUGAACUAUUACAAUUUAUACACAAUGUUGAGGUGCAGCAUAGUACAUCCAUGACUGACCUGUUUUUAUGUAAAUUUAUAUGUUAGAUAUCAUCAUAUUGAUGAAUAUUCAUAUAUUUUUAUUAGACUCUUUUUAUUGCCAAAAUUAGAUUGCCUCGUACGUCUUUACUUGGUUCGAGACUUUUGGCAUCUUUGCAAACCCAACUGAACACCUUUUUUUAUAUUUGUAAUGAUCUCUAUCCUAAAGUCUAAUAAUAGGUUGAUAAUACUCUUAAUAUCUGAUAAAUUCAUUAUUGCAAUUAUGUUACUUUCAGUUUGUGUUAUCAUGUGUUCACAUCUUCAUUGUAACCGAUAACGUUACGAUACCUUACAUUUCAUUCUAGAUAACGCUGGAAAUAUAUGAGUGAAACUCCAGGUUACUCAGUUUGUAGUUGAAAGGAUUAUAUUUUUUUUUAUUUCGUUGAUGUGUUAUUGUUACGAAAAUAUCAAAUGUGAUAAUCAUUAACUAUUAUAGCAUAUUUAAACUACCAUUUAUGGUUUCAUUUGGAUAUUGGAGUACCUGCAGAUACACAGGCUUUAUGACUCUGAGUCCCCUUAGCUCAUGUAAAGGUUUUAAUUUCUGUGCACAAGGGUUUUUAUAGACUUCAGUGUAUCUGUCUAGUGUUAGGAAUAUAAUGAUAUUGUUCUCACCAUUUGUUUUUAGCUGGAUGUUGCACAAUUUGAAGUCCUGUAAAAUCUGCACAAACAUUUUUACUGUACACACUUUAAAAUCUAACUAUGAUAAAAUACAAGGGCUGUUCACAAAUGAUGUUGACGAACUAUAUUUAGCUAGCAUUUCUUCUAGACAUCAAAUCAAAAUAAUUGGACUUUAUAGAUUUAAUUUGCUUUACUUGUGCAAUCCCUGAAAGUUUACAAUUGAACAAACAUUGAGUUAGAUAUAUACCUACUAAAGUUACCUACUUUACAAGAAAUAUUCACAUCUUUUUGAAAUGCUUGUAUUCUUCGUCGCAUUGUUGCUGAAUCCACCCUUCAAAUACAUUUCAGUGUCCCAUUUGGUACUCUUGAUUUUCUUGCAUAUUGAAUUCCUUAGUAUACUCUCAAAAUGUGUACCAUGCAGCUGUGACUUUACAGUCGACAUAAAGAUGUGCCAAAUUAGCACUGUAGGGUACCAUACCUAAUUGUAAAUUGAGUACAGCGAAUUUUUCUGAAACUUGCUUGUUCUGUUCAUAGACCAGGACCUUGCAUUUCUUUCACUUGGAACCUGCAUGCAUAGUCUAGCAAUUAUUAUAAUAGAUCUCCUAUCUUCUUCCUGGGUACAAAAUAUUAUCAUAGUAAGCACUGAUUACCCAGUCUUUUCAGUAGAUAUAUAACCUUGUAGUCAGAUUUUAUGUUGAAAUUUGGCAUGAUUAUUCACACAAUAUAUGUUUUGACAUUUUCGUGCUUUACUUCUGAAAAUAGCAUUUCCAAGACACACCAUCUAGUGAUUAAGGCUAAUGCCAAUUUUGGUAUGCCCUGUAUACCUUUAUUUGUAACAAAACUGAAAUACUGAUGUUUUCACUACUUAGUUGAAGUGAGCCAAUGUGCUCUAUGUGUUUUUUGGAAAUAUAUAUACUGCCGAAAUUUAAUGGUAAUUUGAUUAAUUGGAUAAAGAAGAGAAAAAAAACCCAGCAAAAGUAAUAUUUGAAUGAUAUACACAUAUAUCACAUAGCACAGAUGUUUCUCUUAGCUCAAAGAAAAACUGCUUUACCUAGACUGAGUGUAACCAUGCAACUGUAAUCAAGGGAGACAAUAGUAUGGCUGACAAAUUUUAUAUAUAUAUUCUUGUGAUUGCAUGUUUUUUCAAUUUUUGUUAGUGUGUAAGAACAUUAUGUAAGAACAUUGCCCUGGUGAGUUGAUUUAUUGGGCAUUUUCAAGUGCCAAAUGUAACCCCACCCCCUCUAAAAAUUCUCAGGUGGGCUAUUGAGCUCAUUUAUAGACAGUUACUAUUUAAAAUUUGGAAUCUUUGUGUCUUUUUAUGCCCCCAAGAUCGAAGAUUGGGGGGCAUAUUGUUUUUGUCCUGUCUGUUAUUCUGUAAUUCUGUCUGAAACUUUAACCUUGCUAAUAACUUUUGAACAGUAAGAGCUAGAGCUUUGAUAUUUCACAUGAGUAUUCCUUGUGACAAGACCUUUUCGUGGGUACCAACAUUUUUGACCAUGUGACCUUGACCUUGAAGUUAGAACUACUCUUUGAAAACUUUAGCCUUGCUAAUAACUUUUUAACAGUAAGAGCUAGAGCUUUGAUAUUUCACGUGAGUAUUUCUUGUGACAAAACCUUUCCGUUGGUACCAACAUUUUUGACCCUGUGACCCUGGAGUUUGACCUACUUUUUAAAAACUUUAACCUUGCUAAUAACUUUUGAACAGUGAGUGUUAGAGCUUUGAUAUUUCACAUGAGUAUUUCUUGUGACAAGACCUUUCCGUGGGUACUAAAUCUUUUGACAUUGGCAUUUGAUCUACUUUUUAAAAAAAUUGACAUUGAUCAUAAUUUCUAUAUGGUAAAUAUUAGAGCAUGAGCAUUUCUUGUGACAAGAUCUUUCUACUGGUACCAAGAUAGUUGUCCUUGUGACCUUGGCCAUCUUUGGAAUUGGCCAUUCUCGGGGGGCAUUUGUGUUUCACAAACACAUCUUGUUAAUUUUGAACAGUGGGGUCAUACUCUGAUGUUUAACAUUAUUAUUCCUUGAUUUAAUCUUUUCAAUAAUUUCAGUGUGCCUUUUCUUUUUCAUCCUCAUCUGUCCUCUCAAGAUUGUUUAUGUGUUGGGGAAUAUUUUAUAUAUUUUUAAGAGAAAAAACAGUCAUGUGAUUUUAGUACCUGCUUUACGUUUAAAAGUUUGUUGUAUAUCAUAAAAUGAGAUAAUUUAUGUUGUGAAUUUUUUAUAAAAAGAUGAUCAGACCUUAACUGUCGAUUAAAACCUUUGUUUGGUACAUUGGUAUAUGUACCAGAUGAUGGUCGUAGAUCUUCCAUUAUUCCAUGUUAUGUAGUGAGUAUUAGGUUGUGGAUUGCCUUGGAAGCUUUAUCGAUAAAGGAGAUAACCUGUGAUAGCAAUCAAUGCAAUGCCGUUAAUUUCUACAUCAGUAUAUUUAAACAAUACUUGAAAAACAUUUCAGUAUCACAACCAUAGAACAACUUUUUAGGUCACCCGAUUCAUUCACAUAAAAGACCUAUUGUGAUCCAUUCCUACCAAUUGUUUUCUUUUAAUUUUUGAACACUUUUAUCAUCUAUUCAGAAACUGUUUUGAUAUAGAGUAUCUUCAAAUGUACGGAAACAGAGGUUGUGAAUUUCAAGGUCCCAAUCCACUUGGCGACUUAGUCUUAGGAGUGGGGGCCAUAAUCUCUAAAAUCAGUGCACCUUUUAAAAAUCAUCAUCAUAUUGGGUGUAUAUUUAUGAAGAGAAAAUAAAGCAUGGAAGCACAAUAAUUAUUAAUCAGCUAUCUUUGUUUUCUGAUGAAAAAAGACUUGUCUGUUGUACCAGGAACAAGCAUCACUUCUGUUUUCACUGUCUUCUUGCUUGGUUACUGUAACUCAGGUGACCAUUAAGGUCCAGGGCCUCUUGUUUAUAUUUUUCUAAGUUUUUCAUUGUGUUAGAUUUGUCUACAUAUACACUCAGACUUCUGUUACAUGAUAUUAGUCUAGAUAUAUCAUAUCAUAUAUAUGAAAUGCUAAACUAUUUUUUUUUUUACACUUGUUGAUUAUCUUUGUAAUAAAAUUUAGAAAUGAAAA